UUGACUUUUAAAGAUUCACAUUUGAUUUGAGGAAAAAAAAAUCCGUUUCGUCGUCUUCGUCAUCCUCCAGACUCAGCAGAAAUCACUCGGUGCAGAGAGGAGUUGAGAAAGCAGAGCUGUGCUGAUAUUGAGUCUGAACUCAAAAAUUUUGGUAGUUUCCAUGUCACAUCUAUGAAGCAAUCAUUGGAACUUGAUCUAAUUGAAGUUUAGAUUUAGUGAUGAAUAUGUUAAGUAUUAACUCUUGAUUCAUUUAAGAGCUGAGAAGGGAGCAUUAAUAAUGGCUGAAGCAGUGGUGGCAUUUGGAUUGCAAAAGCUUUGGGAGCUUCUAAUUCGAGAAUCUUAUCGGCUUAAAGGAGUCCAUGAACAAGCAACCGAGCUACAAUCCGAUCUGCGACGGCUAAAAUCGUUUGUGAAAGAUGCAGAAACUAAGAAAAGUAAGAGUGAGAGAGUUAAAAAUUGUGUGGAUGAGAUUGUGGAAAUUGUGUAUGAUGCUGAAGACAUAAUCGAGAGUUUUCUUAUCAAAGAAGAGAAGUGUGGAAGAGAAAGUGGGAUCAAGAAGCACUUAAAGAGUGUUUCUUGUAUCACAUUUUCUCACCAGGAGUUUGGUUCACAGAUCAGAAGUAUAAUCAGUAGAAUUUCCAAAGUUAUUGACAAUAUGGAGAGAUUUGGAGUGAGAGAGAUUAUCGACAAAGAAGAAGAAAUAAUGGGUCCUCUUGUGGAGAUUCGACAAUCUUUUCCUAGUGUUUCUGAAAGCAGCAUUGUUGGUGUGGAACGUAGUGUUGAAGAACUAGUGAGUCAUCUUGUGGGAGAGGAUUGUGUUCAAGUGGUUUCGAUAUGUGGGAUGGGUGGUAUUGGGAAAACCACUCUUGCUAGACAAGUUUUUCAUCAUGAGAUGGUGAGGCGUCAUUUCCAUGGUGGAUUAGCUUGGGUGUUUGUUUCACAGGACUGUAGGCAAAAACAUGUGUGGCGGGUGAUAUUACAGAGCCUUAGGCCUAAAAAUGAGGAACAGAGAAUUGUGGAAAUGACGGUGUCUGGACUACAAGAUGAGCUCUUUAAACUACUUGAAACAGAGAAAUGUUUGAUUGUCCUUGAUGAUUUGUGGAGCAGUGCAGCUUGGGAGCUUAUAAAGCCUGCAUUUCCACAUAGCUCAGGAAGCAAGAUCUUACUCACUUCUCGGAAUGAGGGUGUUGGUUUGCAUCCAGAUCUAAAGUCCGUCAUCUUUAGGCCUAGAUUUCUAAGUCAUGAAGAAAGCUGGGAAGUUUUUCAGAAGAUAGCUUUAUUUGAGAGAAACAAUAUAGAGUUUCAUGUUGAUGAUUUAAUGGAAGAGAUCCAACAAAUGCUCAAACAUUGUGGAGGGUUACCAUUAGCUGUGAAAACUCUUGGUGGGUUGUUAGCUACAAAACGUACAUCUUCUGAGUGGAGAAAGGUACACAACAAUAUUGGAUCUCAUAUCGCAGGAGAGAUUGGUGAAAGUGACGGAAAUGGUAUUUUGGUAUUCAAUGUGCUGUCUUUGAGUUAUGAAGAUUUACCUUCUCAUUUGAAGCACUGCUUUCUUUACCUAGCUCAUUUCCCCGAAGAUCAUGAGAUACAAACAGAGACAUUGUUCAAUUACUGGGUCGCAGAAGGAAUAGUGAUGGUACAUAGUGAAGAGACUACUAUUGUAGAUGUAGCUGAGGAUUACCUCGAGGAGUUGGUUAAAAGGAGUAUGGUUUUAGUAGGGAAGAGGAACACUGUGACAUCAAGAAUUGAAUCUUGUCGUCUGCAUGACGUUGUUAGAGAAGUAUGUUUGUUUAAAGCCAAAGAAGAGAAUUUCAUACAGGUUUUCAAUGCUCAGAGCCUUGUCCUGAAUGCUACUAAAGUUCUUUCACCUGAUGUGUCCACCAACAGAUCCCGCAGACUCGCUGUACAUUUCGUUGAUGAUGACGAAAACGAACCUAGUAUAUUUCAGCAGAGACAAAUUCAAAACCCCAAAGCAAGGACCCUUUUGUAUAUCACUAGAGAUUUCAGUCCUUGGAUUUUAUCAUCCUCGAGUUUUCGAGGUUUACGGUCACUUAGAGUCUUGGAUCUCUUUGGAGCUCAAUUCAGAAGACGCAAGUUACCUAAGAGCAUAGGGAAGCUCAUCCACUUGAGGUACCUGAGUUUGAAAGAGACAAACUUGUCUGUGUUACCGUCUUCUUUGGGGAACCUAGAGCUGUUGGUUUAUUUGGAUUUAGAGAUUUACGAGACUAUGGUUCACAUACCAAAUGUCUUAAAGAAGAUGAAGAAGCUGAGAUAUCUUAUGCUACCGGACGAACUAAGCAAUAAAACAAAGUUGGAGUUAAGUGGUUUAGUGAAGUUGGAGACACUCAAGAACUUCUCACUAAAACACAGUAGCGCUAAAGAUCUCAUAAACAUGACCAAACUCAAAAAUUUGUGGAUCUGUUGUGCUUCCGAUAACCCUGGAGAAGAAGUUUUACCUUUGUCACUCGGUGCAUCACUGAAACAGUUGGAGGAGUUGAUGUUGUACAAUAAAAGAAACAGCCAGACCCAACCCGUGAAGAUCGAUGCAGGAGCCUUUGUUUCAGGUUUUCAAAGACUUAAUCAGUUAAGGUUAGAUAUAAAGAUAGAGAAGUUACCUAAUGAACUUCAAUUCCCUUCCCGGAUCGCCUCUAUUUCAUUAUCUUCUUGUGAUCUAUCCGAGGACCCAAUGCCAGUUCUCGAGAAGCUACACAACUUGAAGAUUGUUAGUCUAGAACUGAAUGCUUUCACAGGAAGGAAAAUGGUCUGCUCCAAAUCCGGGUUCCCUAAAUUGCAUACUCUAGAGUUUUCGAUACUCGAUAACCUUGAAGAGUGGGUCGUAGAAGAAGAAUCAAUGCCGUUUCUUUGUCGUUUAGAGAUCAAUGACUGCAGAAAGUUAAAGAGUCUUCCUGAUGGAUUAAAAUACAUUACUACUUUAGAGGAGCUAAGAGUAGGAUGGAUGCAGAAUGAAUUCAAGGAUAAGUUAAUCCAAGGUGGAGACGAUCACUACAAAAUACAACAUGUAUCUUCUGUUGUAUUUUACAAUUGCGGUGAAGAAUAAGAUAGACGGAAAACAACAGUGAUCAACAUUAGAUUCUA